AUAUUCAUCCAGAAGACAUCCAUUGCUAAACACAGGCCCCUCCCCUAGUCUUCCACGCCGAACGACAACUCGCUGCUUGCAGCCAAUAAAAAUUGUGUAAAUCUUAGAUUAUCGACUCAUUGAACUGAAUUAUAUUGCGACCUCAUGGUUAAUUUUGUGGCAAAUAAGUUGUAUUAUCACAUCUCAAGAGAAAUACGUCAAAUUCCAGGUCACCUACAUAUGUAUAUACCUAGUUUGAGUACGGAGUAUAGAUAACGUAAUAGGUAUUAUACCUACUUACAGCGCAUUGUUUGCGUGCUGGCCGUUCACAACUAUAACAAAAACCAGUGACAAAAACUGACAAAAACAUCCGCACCCUAAUAAAAAAAGUCCAUGUCGCACCAGACAUUAAGUGGAAUAUUCCAGAGACCUGAAAUAAUGUGGCUGAAGUUCGUUUGUAUCGCGGUAAUAGCGAGCGGCGCUGUGGCAAAGCAAGAUGAGUUACUGGACGAGUUGUACGGCUUGGAAGGACGGAACAGGAUGGCAAUAUGCGUGCGCACGAGCGGCGGGCGCUGGCGGCACUGCGACGGCGCGCUGUACAACCGCGAGUGGGUCGUGGCGCGCGCGCUCUGCCUCGGCGCCGCGCCCAGCGCCGCCAUGGCGGCCGAGCGCGUGUCGGCCGGCGGCUCCUGCAGGCUGGCGGCCGGCGGCGACACGGGCCUGUACCGCUCGCGCGCCGUGCGCCACCACGUCAUGCAUCCCUGGUUCGACCUGGCCAUCGUGAUCAUGAAGACCCCGUACAACAACCUGGACCGACUAGCCAACGCUACAAAGUCGCGCCUUAAGCUGCGGCGCCACGGGGUGUACAAGUGGAUGAAGCAUUACUUUGAUGCAUUUGCAUUAACUCGCAAUUAUGACUACAAUAUGAAACGAAUUGCGCGAAGUUUAAAAACCUACCACCACCCAAUCUGGUAUUUCUUUACAACAAUGGUGCUGCCGUCCGUGUUGUUCAUGAUGUUCUUUGUAUACGUCACAUUCUACACUGGUAAAACACAGGAGGUCCCUUAUAAACAGUUGCGCUAUUCUAAGAAAAUAACUCAUGUGUAAUUUUAGUAGUCUAUGAAUAAUACA